AAACCCAUGAAAUACUAUUUAGGUUAUUUGGUACUGUAAUACACAGUCUUUCUCUUUUUUCUGGCUUGACUAUUAGGAUUUCGAAAACCACACUAUUAGUGUCAAAUACUAUAAGUUUUUUGUAAUUGUCUUGCUUUCCACUACCAUGUUAUUUAAAACCAUUUAAUUUGAUUAUUUACAAGGUCAUUGUGUGGACCCCGAAGCAAUCGAACGGUUCGUUGAGACAGCGCAUCAAAAGUAUGUAGAGAGCAUAAAUACAUUAGCGGACAAAUCGGCAUCACCAAGCAAGUUGUCAAAUCAGUUUGUGUCAAUGCAAGCAAUUUUGUCAAAUAGUAAGCGCCUGCGAUGGUUUUUGACUGUGAAAAAACCAUGUAGUGACAGUCUGCUACUGUCAAUCAUCAAAAACUUAUCAGCAUUGGAGGCAAAGGUGAGCGAUGUGGCUGCUCGUUUGAGUGCUAUUAUCCCUCUGAUAACGGAGGAAGUGAUGUAUCGUGCGCCAAUGUCCAGGACUGGACAGGUGGGACGACCGCAGUUCAUCAUACCAAAAGAGCAGCUGGAGGUGAUGAGAGGAUACAGGCUGUCAUGGAUGGACAUUGCUAGAGCUCUAGGUGUUUCGAUAUCAACUCUUUGGAGGCUUCGUAAAAAAUACGACAUUGACAUUGGCAAGAAAAGGAAAGCUAGAACAGUGUCCGAGCAGGAGCUGGAGGGGAUUAUCCUUGAAUUGCAACAAACUUCUCCAAACAUUGGAAUAAGGAUGAUAGAGGGGGAAAUCAUAUCACGAGGACUCUACGCUGCUAGAUCUAACAUAGCUAACAAGCUGGUGGAGAUGGACCCCGUAGGACGGGUGCUGCAAUGGAGCAGACAGAAUCCCAGAACGAAAUACCACGUACCAGGGCCUAAUAGUUUGUGGCAUCUUGAUGGCAAUCACAAGCUUAUACGGUGGAGACUUGUGAUUCAUGGAGGUAUAGAUGGGUUUUCGAGGUUGGUGGUUUUUCUAAAAUGCUCUAUAAAUAACAGGGCGAAGACGGUAGCACACCUUUUUCUGGGAGCAACUGAGGAAUUUUGCUGGCCAUCGAGAGUGAGGACAGAUAAAGGUGGCGAGAACCAGGAAGUUGCCAGACUGAUGCUAGACAGGAGGGGGGAAGGGAGAGGAAGCAUCAUCCAGGGUAGUUCAGUCCAUAACCAGAGGAUUGAAAGACUUUGGAGGGAUAUGAGGGACAUGGUGACCGAGUAUUUCAGAAAAUUAUUCUUUUUCUUAGAGGACGAAGAUAUUUUAUGUCCUGACAAUGAUAUUGAUCUAUUUGCCCUACAUUACAUUUUUUUACCAAGAAUCAACUUUAAUCUCGAAAAAUUUAAGAAUUCCUGGAACAACCAUAAAUUAUCUACAGAAAAUCAGAAGACUCCAAACCAAUUAUAUUUAUUAGGUAUGCUUAGAUUAUUUGGCUCAGACUAUAUUGCUGUUAAAGAUUUUUUCGAAGACAACACAAUAGAUGAAGACACUUAUGGAAUAUACGAACCGGACCCGGGGGUGGCGGAGGAGAUGCAGGAUGACGAGAUCGAAAGGGUGGUUGUACCAGCCGUGAGUCUACAGGUUGGGGAGGCUUGUUGGAAUGAGCUCCAGUCUGUUGACCCUCUUCAGCAAGACCAUAAUCAUGGCAUUCCAUCCUUCAUCCAGGCUAAGGCGAUCAUCGCGAGGCACGUACGCUGAGCAGAUGUUCAGCGUACGUGAUCUUCUGAUUAUUGUGUUGAUCUCCAUUUGUUUGUAUAAUUAUUUUUGUCGCAUUCUAACUGAUAUAACGGAAUAAUUUUAUUACCUUUUUUGGUUUACCCUGAUUGGUUGAGUUGAUCACGUGAUCUACAGUCCCUCUUCUCCCCUCCUGUCUAGCAUCAGCUGGCAAAUUCUUGUUUCUCGCCACCUUACGCUUUGAGCUUAGUCCGACAUUACAGAAUAGACAUUCUCUGGAAAAAGUGACGGGCCAUUCUCGCGUACAUAUACAUCAGUAUCAAUUGUAAAAAAAAAAAUUCACAAAUGUGGGAAUAAAAACCGGUAACCCCUG